AUGUCUAUCUAUCUCAUCUGUUCUUUCUAUCUAUCUCUAUCUAUCAAUCUAUCUCAAUCUUUUAAUAUCUAUCUAUCUAUCUAUCUAUCUAUCUAUCUAUCUAUCUAUCUCAGUCUACUGGUAUCUAUCUAUCUAUCUAUCUAUUUCAGUCUACUGGUAUCUAUCUAUCUAUCUCAGUCUACUGGUAUCUAUCUAUCUAUCUAUCUAUCUAUCUAUCUAUCUCUCAGUCUACUGGUAUCUAUCUAUCUAUCUAUCUAUCUAUCUAUCACAGUCUAUUCAUGUUUAUCUAUCAAUGAAUCAAUCAUAAUCUAUUUAUGUCUAUCUCUAUCUAUCUAUCUAUCUAUCUAUCUAAAUACCUAUCAAAUCGCAUAUUCCCAGAGAAAGUUAAUACUUGAAUAUUUGAAUGACGUUCGACUCCGUUCAGCUAUUCGACGCUCAGUAUUCACAUUCCGUUUUGAUCCGGGCUCUGCUAGCUUAAAAGCCGCCCUGUCGAGUAUUUACUGUAAACUGAUAUUUUACUUAACUGUAUCCACUACUUUACUUAAAUCUAUCUAUCUAUCUAUCUAUCUAUCUAUCUAUCUGUCUAUUUUUCUCGGAUAUGCUCAGAUCUAUCUAUCUAUCUAUCUAUCUAUCUAUCUAUCUAUCUAUCUUGAAUAUGGUCAUAUCAAUCUAUCUAUCUAUAUCUAUCUAUCUAUCUAUCUAUCUAUCUAUCUAUCUAUCUAUCUAGAAUGUGGUCAUAUCUAUUUAUCUAUGUAUCUAUAUAUGUAUCUAUCUAUCUGUCUAUUUUUCUCGGAUAUGCUCAGAUCUAUAUAUCUAUGUAUCUAUCUAUCUAUCUAUCUUGAAUAUGGUCAUAUCUAUCUAUCUAUCUAUCUAUCUAUCUAUCUAUCUAUCUAUCUAUUUUUAUCGGAUAUGCUCAGAUCUAUCUAUCUAUCUAUCUAUCUAUCUAUCUAUCUAUCUAUCUAUCUAUCUGUAUUCACGCGAUUGAGACUAGUGAAAUUUCCCUUCCGUCACAUUCAAUCAUCACCCGUCACAUCCAACUCAAUACCUUGA